CGGCGCCGCGCGGAACUCGCGGGUUCGGAGCCGCCCGCUGAGGUCAGAAGGAGGCGUCUGCGCUGAUCGGGGCCGCCGCGCGCCAGAACCGGAGUCGCAGCCGAGGGGAGCCGGGGCCGGAGCCCGAGCCCGAGCCGAGCCGGAGCCCGAGCGAGCGGCGGAGACCGUGCCCCCGCCUCGGCCCCGCGCCGCCGCGGCCAGGCCCGGCAUGGAGGAGGAGUGCCGGGUGCUCUCCAUACAGAGCCACGUCAUCCGCGGCUACGUGGGCAACCGGGCGGCCACGUUCCCGCUGCAGGUUUUGGGAUUUGAGAUUGACGCGGUGAACUCUGUCCAGUUUUCAAACCACACAGGCUAUGCCCACUGGAAGGGCCAAGUGCUGAAUUCAGAUGAGCUCCAGGAGUUGUACGAAGGCCUGAGGCUGAACAACAUGAAUAAAUAUGACUACGUGCUCACAGGUUAUACGAGGGACAAGUCGUUCCUGGCCAUGGUGGUGGACAUUGUGCAGGAGCUGAAGCAGCAGAACCCCAGGCUGGUGUACGUGUGUGAUCCAGUCUUGGGUGACAAGUGGGACGGCGAAGGCUCGAUGUACGUCCCGGAGGAUCUGCUUCCCGUCUACAGAGAAAAAGUGGUGCCGCUCGCAGACAUUAUCACGCCCAACCAGUUUGAGGCCGAGUUACUGAGUGGCCGGAAGAUCCACAGCCAGGAGGAAGCCUUGCAGGUGAUGGACUUGCUGCACUCUAUGGGCCCCGACACCGUGGUCAUCACCAGCUCCGAUCUGCCCUCCCCGCGGGGCAGCGACUACCUGAUUGUGCUGGGGAGUCAGAGGAGGAGGAAUCCCACUGGCUCCGUGGUGAUGGAACGCAUCCGGAUGGACAUUCGCAAGGUGGAUGCCGUCUUUGUGGGCACUGGGGACCUGUUUGCUGCCAUGCUCCUGGCGUGGACACACAAGCACCCCAAUAACCUCAAGGUGGCCUGUGAGAAGACCGUGUCUACCUUGCACCACGUUCUGCAGAGGACCAUCCAGUGUGCAAAAGCCCAGGCCGGGGAAGGAGUGAGGCCCAGCCCCAUGCAGCUGGAGCUGCGGAUGGUGCAGAGCAAAAGGGACAUCGAGGACCCAGAGAUCGUCGUGCAGGCCACGGUGCUGUGAGGGCCGCGCCGCUCGCCCGUGACACGCAGCGCGUUGGUGUCUCCGUGUUUGUCCCUGUGAAAACAUGUAACGUCUGCCUUAGAGCCUUGACCGAAACUUGAUAUUUUUUUCUUUCAUGAGUGUCCGGCAUUUGCUGGUCUUCAUUGUGAAACGUGCCAGUCGUGCUUUGUGAAAAAUAACAAAGUGGUCACAGAAAUUUGUGAUCUGAAAACCCAGCUCCCUUCCCCACAAGGCUCCUGGGCCUCCAGGAAGACGGGCCCCUGUUUGCCAUCUCGGGGGUGUUCCAUGUGGGAGGGUGAGUGGGUGAGGCCGAGCCUGCUGCGCGUGGAGCCUCGAGUGGGCCCUGGCUGCCACUACCGCACAGAGGCCGUGUCGCGCGUGGGCUGGGCCUGGGUGGCCUCUGUCUUUGCAUCUCUGAGAAGGAGUCGGGUGGUAACGGUUGGGGUCAGGAAGAAUUCUGCCAAGUAUCUUUACUGUCAUUCUGACCAUAGCCUCUUUGUUCCUGCAUUCGAACUUUUGUUUCUUACUUUGCUGCUCGUUUAGUCCCUGGGGAUUUCAGAUCUUAGGCUGUUGUUUCACCGUAUGGGAGGGUUGAUGUGAGCUUGCUUGGAGGCACACGGUGCAGCGUCAGGGACCUUCCCAGGCCCCAGCAAAUUCAAGUUGGUCUGCAGACCUCUCAGCUAUCCGCGGGACCUCCUGUAACCCAUCGGCAUCUUCCAGGAAUCCGCUGAGUGACUCGAGGAAGAUGCUAACGCAGUAAGGUCCGUGCUGGGCCAAGAGCAGCUUUGAAGCUCCAGAGAACCACCCCAUCAGGUUCCUUGUGGAAGCUCCCCUCAUCCGUGGUGCAGCAGGCUGAGCACUGCGCGUUUGCCACGUGCUGCCCGUGACAGCACAUUGAGCCACAGCAUUUGUAGACAGGACAGAGGGGUGCCUGCCCCUGCUGGCACAUUUAACCCUUGUCCCCUGACCUCAGUUCUGUGCCCCACCAAAUGCCCAGGGGCAAGAGGCCACCCUGGAAGCUGCCAAUCUUCCAAGGUGGGUGUGGGGCACGGUGGGGGCGGGCAGCUCCCAGGCCCUUGGGCAGGCUGGGGUGACGGCAGAGGCCACAGCACCAGCUCUGACAAGUCCCAUCAUCCUCUGCUCAGCAGUGACCUCCCUGGCCCCACUUUGCCCAGAGUUUGGGGUUCCCCCCAGGUAUAGCUAUAGGCAGCAGUGCCUGUCCCUGGCCUGCCUUAAUUUCAGCCACACCCCUGCAGCCCUGCAUCCCAGCUCUGGGGUGUGCAGAGGUUUGUGUCUCCAGGGAACCCACGGCUGGAGAGAAAUAGGGAGAUGCAGGAAGUGGGGGCCCAUGGGGCCCCUAGGAAGCGGACUCUCCAAGGGGUACCCCCACCCCGCUACCUUCCCCACGGACAGGCCCCUCCUGGAGCCCACACCCUCCUGUGAGGCCAUUCCAGUGUCUUCUAGAAAGACUCGCUUGCCAGGAGUGCGUUCUUUGUUGAAAAAUGCCCUGAAGCGAAAAGAUGCAGGUUUAUAUGGAACCCCCACCCCCGCCCCCACUCUCCCACUCUGUUCGUUCUGAAUGUCUUCACCAGCGUGCAUCAGGGCGCCUGGCUCCCCCACCUCAGCCAGUGAGUCAGACACGGGUUUCGCAGCCAUGUUUCUUGGCUCCGAGGACACGGGUGGCAGGCCCGUUGCAGCCCAGAGCCACUGGUCCCUACAGGGCGCCGCCACACCAGCAGGAAGGAGGAUGGCUGUGUCCGGAGCCUGGCGGGGAGGCAGCCUCCCCAGUAUGUGAGUGCAGGGAUCCGCCAGAACCACCUGGCCCUCCGUAGGGCGUUUAACUGGAAAUACCCUCACUGCCAAGUGGAGACUGGGGCGUGUGCCACAUUGCCAGCCACCAGGAAAGCUUUUCUUUUUCUUUUCUUUUUUUUUUUUUUAAACACUAAGAGCACGUAUAGCAUGGGGGAAAGAACCUAAAUGUCUCUCUCUUCUGUGAGCUGGUGAAAAACCCAGCAUGAGAACGCAGUGUCAGGUGUGGGGCUCCUUCUGCCCGUGCAGUGGGUGUUACGGGCGGUGUGCCCUGGUGAGCAAGCUUUGAUUCUUGGUUCUUUGAGCUCGUUUCAGAGGCUGAGUCCCCACAUCAGCUUUAGUUCUUGGACUUCCCUGUAUUAAGCAAGAAUUAGGAGAAUGGCUGUCCCUGCAGGUGCCUCCCGUAAAUCCUGAGCUCUCUGGCGCAAUCGGAAACUUCUCUUCUGUUUUCUUUGGCUGUAUCAGCCGAACCAGGAGAGGCCUGGGCUGCGACUAAGGAGAAAGAAAUCGGGGGUUUCUGAGAGCAGAUGGUGCCUUUGUGGGUGCAGGGCUUUUGUGGAAAUUGUCAGCCUCUACGGGCAGAGUCCGGCAUCCCCUCCCCAGACUGCCUGCUGUCAAACCACGGAGCAGCUGGGGCCUGCCCUGUCCACGGCCCAUUUCCACCCGGGCAUGUUCGUCUCUCAUGACUUGGGCAGAGGCCCCUGGUGGCCUUCAGUUUCAGUUUCUCAUCCAGGAAGGUAACCAUGGGCAUCGGCAGUGGGUUUCCCUAUGGCUUGGAUCCAGAUUAGAAUUGAUCUUUGUUUUCACUUUCCAUAGUUAAUAACAUGCAAAAUAAUGAGAAGAAUUUAUUUUAAGGUGACAGCUAUACUGGUCCAACAUCGCCUGCUUAUUGUCAGGGUACAGAAGUUUAAUACUUUCUUAAUCCAGUUUUUCAAAUUUCUCCCUGUAGACCGUAAGGAUGAAUUCCACAAUAGGAUCCUUUUUAAAAUCGAUUUUAAAUUGUUGCCUAGUCCUGCCAAGGUUAUUAUGUGCAUCUGUUAUUUUUCCAAUACAUGUAAACAGUUGCAGUAUGA